UCUUUCACAGUUUGCGAUGAAUUAGUCUCUUUUAAUUAGGGCUGCACAAUUAAUCGAAUUAUCUAAAUCUCAGUAUGGCCAAGUGAAAUAUCCAAGUUGUAGAAGCUGGAAUUUUUUUGAAAAGGGUAAAUAUGUGUCAAAAAAUCAUUAUAAUGAAGUAGUGUAGUUCUGCAGAGAUGUCCUGGCCUACAAAUCUUAUCCUCCAGAUGUAAGAAAACAUGUUCUUUUGGUGUAAAUCCUAACAAAUCAUAAUUUUAAGGUUUUCUUUCAGUGAAAAUUAAAAUUUUGAUUAUUCCCUUAUUAUGAAUUAUAUCACAAUAUCUUUCAAAAUAAUUGCAAUAUGACUUUUGUUAUUUCUGUAUCGUGCAGCCCUACUUCUGUUUUUACUUUUAGCACUGCAGCAGAUGACACUAACAUUUAUGUGAACGCUGUAAGAAAUGUCACCAGCAGAGGGAGCCAGGUGGUUGGAGGAAUAUAGUAAAAUGAACACACUGUUCCUUCAUGUCAGGAACUAAAAACUGUCCAGAUAGUAAUGGACCUUUUUCACAGCGGCCAUUUUAGGGUAAAAACAGGUGUUACGAAUGAUACUAAUUAAGGUCCUGUUCCAUUUAGUGUAGCAGAGUCCUUCCAGUGAGCCACAACAGCAGCACUGUGCCUCUUGUUUGACCCAAAUGGAAAAACCUUUAUUAGUGUCAUUGGUAACACCUUUUUACCCUACUAUUUCACGUCAAAAUGGCUGCUGUGAAAAAGGUCUAUUGUAUAUUCUACGCAUACACAGUCAGUUACUAGUUCAUUAGGUUCACAGAACUAAAACAAAUGCAGUCUAAUAUAAGACCCUGCAGUAAAUCUGACCUUCAUGAUUGCAAUGGGUGUUUUUGUUAUUUAACCUACUCUCACUGAUAUUGAUGGGGUGGACAAAAUAAAAGAAACAUCUGUCAGUGUAAGAUAAUACAGUUUAACAGUACCACAUCCUCCAAAAUGACCAUACAUUUCAUUCCUCUCAAACACAUUAUUAUCUACAGGAAGAUAGGAUUUAUUUUUCUUAGUUUUAGCUGUGGGUACUUAAUAAACUGGGAAGUGAGUUUGACCUACUUUAUUUCCAACUCCUCACUUUUUCUUUGUUCUAACCACUGACUUCUAAUUACAAACAGGAUUAUUGACUUUGUUAAGAAAAUAUGUCUACCGCAUCUGCCACUUGAUUUAUGGAUUCAGAUGCCAGGAAAACAUGCUUGAGGCUAUACAACAAGGCUGACCACAAGCUGGCGCCUUUCCAAGCGUCCUCAGCUGAAGUUAACGACAAAUAUCUUAGUUAACGGAAUAUGUUGGAGACUUGUUGGAUGAAUGUAUGUCAAACACAGCACUAGUUCAGUUUUCAUUUUAUGCAUAAACAGUCUACAAAAUACAGAAUCUUGAGUAUAUUCUCCAAAUUUUCUCAUCCAGCAAUAUUCAGUUGUGUAAUGUUUUCAAUAAGUGAUUAAGGCCAGUCGGUGCUAAGAUCAGGAAGAACAGGUUACUGUUGAUCUAUAGAAGUACUCCUUUUCCUAUCUUAGACUGAGAUCAUUAGGCUUAAAGUUUAUGAUCAUAUUAAUUUCCUUAAACACAAUAUAAUUAAACAGUACCACAUCCUCCGAAAUGGUUAGACAUGUAAAACCAAAAACAAGGAAGUUUAACUGAGAAUACUGUAAUAAACCUCUACUGAUAAUAUAUAGCACUGAUAUGAUGAUGAGGUUAUAAUUCCUGAAACUACAGACACAUUUAUGGUAAAAAUGUAAACAGAAUUUGUGGCUGCAUCUGGACUUUCUUGUGAAGUCAUGGCGAGUCUUAGCAAGUUCUCUCGGCCCUUAUUCUACCCAGUUGUUGGUGAGGAGUAGGACUGAAAAAGCUACAUUACGCAGCAUUAUACAGCUUAAAGUUACAUUGCACAUUUACUCACACACCUAAGUCAAAUGUUGCAAGUUUAAACAGAACUACAUCGUUUGAGGUGGAUGUGGAUGUUGCUGUGUGUGGACAGGCAGAGGAGGUUUCACAAGCAAGCAAGCAAGCAACUGCGUUCAUGGUGAUUAUAAUAUUCCAUGUAAUUCUGUUCACUCCUAUUAUAGCUUUGGGAAAUUCAGCUUUUGAACAUCAGCACGUACAUUCCAUGGUGGAGAGGACAAUUAUGAUCCAUACUGACCUCCAGCAAUGUUUAUACCACACUGAAAAAAGGGAGCACUCUCAUGUUUCACAGCAGACUGACACACCUCCUCUCUCUCUCUCUCUCUCUCUCUCUCUCUCUCUCUCUCUCUCUCUCUCUCUCUCUCCUCCUCUUUGCUUUGGGAGGAGUCAGAGAGGCUGUUUACAUCAAUUUACAUUCACACAGAGGCUUAACAUUAGUUUAUAAGCAGGAAAAGAUCACUGCAACACUCGCCGACCCUGAGGCAGAGACCUGCGAGAUGCACUGCUAUGGGGAUUUGGUUAACUGUCUCAGCUGUGGGAUGAUCCUGGCAGGACUGGGGUAUUUGGUCCAACACAAGAAGACGCAGUCCUCCUAUGGGCGCCACAUGAGACUCUCUCCUCCGGUUCAGACGGUCCCAGCCAGACUAGCCUGGUUCUUUCAGGAGAUGCCAGCUCUCGUGAUUCCCCUACUUUUAAUGCUCACCUCCCACAAACCCUCCAGUAUGGGGAAGUACCUGCUGCUUGGGACCUUCUGCAUGCACUACUUUCAAAGGACAUUUGUCUAUUCACUACUGACAAGAGGGAAGCCUUUCCCACUGGGUGUGAUGGGGGCAGCAGGUUUCUUCUGCUCUCUGAAUGGCUUCCUGCAGGGCCACUACCUGCUGCACUGUGCCCAGUUUGAUGAUGAAUGGUCAGCUGAUUAUCGCUAUAUAACUGGUUUACUGCUGUUUUUUGUCGGAAUGGCCAUCAAUAUACAUAGUGACUAUAUUCUACGUAACUUGAGGAAACAGGGGGAAGUAAUUUACAAGAUCCCUAAAGGCGGUCUGUUUGAAUAUGUGUCUGCUGCCAACUACUUAGGGGAGAUAGUGGAGUGGUCUGGCUAUGCUGUAGCCACCUGGUCCUUUCCAGCGCUCGCGUUUGCUGUGUAUAGCCUGUGUUUUAUUGGACCAAGAGCCUAUUACCAUCACAGGUUCUACCGGGAGAAAUUCAAAGACUAUCCCAGGCUGCGAAAGGCUUUGAUUCCAUUCAUCUUCUGAGAGGAAAAACACCUGGCUGUCAUCUUCUGAGGGCAGACAAUGAACCAACAGCAGAAGAGGAGCACAGGAAUGUGCACUCCUAUUACUGUAUUUUUAAACGACAUUCAUUUUACUGCACAAGAAUCUGUUUUGGUUUUGCUUGCAGUCAUAUAGUUCUGUACAUAUUGUUGAUUGUUCAGCUCUUUCUAUACAAAGUGCUAUAGUAGAAACUUGGAAAAAGACACUGAUAGAAUAACUUUGUGCACACAGAAGAGAUUUGUUGACAAGAAUUAGUUUAUUUUUAUGCAAAUACUAAAUAUACAACCUGCAACACAGUAUAUAUAACAAAUAACACAUCUCAUUACACUGAAUGUAACUUGGUCCAGAUUUUAUCAGACACUGUCUAACAUAAAACAUUGUGAAAAAUAAGUCAUUACAGUGGAAUAUUUGAUUGUCUGCUGUUUGUAUUUGCAUAGAUCAGUCAGGUAGUUUCUUACCAAUCAGCAGGUUUAGACAAGUAACAUUUUGGAUAGAACACAAAGUAAUUAAAAAAAAAAAAGGGUGAGGCUUUGUUUGAUAACUUCAUUAGAAAUUCUUUUAGGUCGCUGAAUUUGUAAACUGUUGCAAACAUCAUUUAAAGCUCCUUUAGAAAUUGUGUGUUAUUGUGUGGAAAAUUCACAAAAAGGUUAAAAAAAGAAAGAAAAACAAUCAGUAUUUGUUUGUAAUAUUACUGACAAGCAGGACAAUAAAUCAACGACUUACCAAAGAGGUAAAUCACAUGACAACAACAACAACAGGAUAGAGGCAAUACAUUCACACUGACUGUCCGAUUUUCACUCAAGGCAAUGCUAACAUCUAGUGUCUGAAGUGAAUAUUACAUUUAUUAUGAAAAUUCAGAGUACCCCACUGGAUAAAAUGCCUAUUCUGCUAGUUCGUAUCUUGAAUUACAUAUCGCACAUCCAGUGCAAGAUUAGCAGUUUCUACAGCGACUUGUAAAGCAUUGAGUUUAGCUGUGAAGGAGUCAAGCACACGUGGCUGCACAGUAGUGUCUCUCGACAGGGGUGCAGGUGAGAACUGGGGGUAUUUAGUGCUUAGAUAAGUCCACUUCUUGUUUGGGCUACUUUGCAUUACUCCACAGCCACAGAGGCCCAAGCUAUCCUCCAUGUGUUCUGUUAUGACAUCUGCAGGGAGAGUCCAGUGGUGAGCAUGAGUCAGGUCGAUUAAACAAUUCCCACCGUCGUGCUCCAGCGCCGCGGCCACAGACUCCAGAGAGCGGCAGAAUCCUUCCACGCCAAGAAAGUACUCUGUCUGUGUGCACCCCAGUGCAGAGGCCGUCUCUGUGACUUCAUUCAUGCUCUAAAAAUAUGGCACAAUCAAUACAUGUUGUAAUGAGAUUGCUGUGAAUAUAUGUGGAAUCAAUAAAUCUGGACUGGUUUUAAA